CAUGGCCUAGUUUGGCACACAGUAUAAAUUAUUGCACACAGAACAAGCCUCACACACAUCACGGAGUCUGGAUCCAACUCAGCAUAUGGUGAACAUGUGGAAGUUUCUGGUCUUCAUCGCGGCUGUGGUCGUCUGGUCGGACUCGUCACAAGGUCAACCCGAGUACCUGACCACUGUCGAUGGAUGGUCCUUUUUCAAAGUUCGCGCGGUUGGAGCUAUGUCUAAUACGAAGGUCAAGGCCACUUGUGAAGCGACGGGGUUGAGAUAUCCGUGCCACAACUCAGGUACGGAUAGGUGUACCUACUACUGGACCUCAGACUGCAUCGCGUACGACCCAGCCGUUGUCAGCUGUUAUACUACCCACCAGGUCCUGUCGGCAAAUCUGUGUGGAACUUAUGACUCUCGGUAUUGCCAGCCCCUUGAUGACACCUUUGUGUACUUCCCUGGCUGGCAGAGUGAUGACAGCGCCUGGGGAGUGGACUACGAGACUCACAGCUGGGACCUGCAGGGAGCGAACUACAACAACAUGUACACCCUGUGUGCAGAUAUCGACGAAUGCGCGAGCAAUCCUUGCUGGCUAGGAGGAACCUGCCUGGAUCACGUGAACGGCUACAGCUGUGUCUGUCCUGAAGAUGCCACCGGAAAGAACUGUGAAACAGCAACAUUUGCCGGAGAAUGCUACCAGUUCUCGUCCAUCUCUCUGACCCACCAGGAAGCGACCCAGGCCUGCAGUACCAUGAGCAGCCGCUUGGUGGACCUGAAAGACGAGCAGCAGCAGCCUUUCCUGGCUGACAAGAUCGCGGCCACCUCAGCAGCUUCCAACUGGCUGGCAACUAAAUCGGCACCAGUGGCCUUUUUCAACAGCAAUGGAUCUCCUUUCUCAGGCCCGAUCCAGUGGUCUUCCAGCGAACCUGCCGAACCGUGUGACCUGUGUGUUCUCCUGGACAGCUCCGACAACUAUCUGGCCAAGACAGCACCGUGCACGCAGCAGCACAACUACGUCUGUCAGGAUGAUCUUAAACCAUGCGGACAAAACGUGUGUCAGAACGGCGGAAACUGCACCUCCUGCUUUGACGACUCCGCCGCCUUUUGCGACUGUCCUGACGGGUUUGACGGCAAGACUUGUGAGAUAGACAUCGACGAGUGCGCCUCCAAUCCGUGCCAAAAUGGCGGCAGUUGUGAUGACGACAUCAACUCCUACAGCUGCCGCUGCCCAACCGGGUUCCAGGGAGACCACUGCGAAUCUGACAUGGACUGGUGCUCCCAAGUCCAAUGUCCGCACGGCUGGGUUUGUCAGGACUUCACGUUCUACUUCCAAUGCGUUCAUCCUGAUCCCGUAACCAGCAGGAUGGCCCCCUACCAGUGCAGCAGCGCCUCCUGUCCGGACGGCAUGUACUGCACCGAGGAUGGCGUGGCGUCUUUCUCCUGCAAGGCUGUGUGACGUCAUGGCCAAAACGUCAUGCAGGCAACAAACAGCCAAAUGCUGACAGGCGUGUCUUUCAACAGGCUUUCUCCUCAUUCUGAUUUGCUUAAAAAUGACAGAAAAUGACAGAAAAUAAAGUGCUACAAAGAUCA